UAUUACUAUUAUUAUUUAAUUUGUUCCUUUCUGUUUGGAAAGCGGGGGCAGGUGGCGAGGAGGGGGGUGUCCCCGCCCGCCGUGCAGUCGGGAUGCGUCCCGGACGCCGGGCGGCUGCGGCGCAGCGACACUGAGCUGAGCUGAGCUGAGCUGAGCUGAGCUCACCAUGGACAGCUUCGACUUAGCUCUGCUCCAGGAGUGGGACCUGGACUCGCUGUGUGUCUACGAGCCAGAUAGAAACGUGCUGCGCAGGAAAGAAUGGGAAAGGAGAAAUCAGGAGGCCCAGCAGGAGGAUGGCACGUUUAACACCAGUUACUCCCUCUUCAGUGAACCAUACAAGACUAACAAGGGGGACGAGCUCUCUAAUCGCAUCCAGAAUACACUGGGCAACUAUGAUGAAAUGAAAGAUUUGUUAACCGACCGAUCAAACCAGAGCCACCUUGUUGGGGUUCCAAAACCUGGGGUUCCUCAGACACCUCUCCCCAAGCCUGAUGAGCUUCUUAUCGCAGACUCAAGACCACCACCUCCUCCUUCCAUUUCCAACACUUCUUCCGCAGCAGCAGCCCUACCUGCGCAGCAGAGCAAAAGCACCACAAUGGGUUGGCAGAAGGCUGGGCACAAUGCUGCUUCAGAGAGUCAGCAGAGAGCCAGCAAGCAUGGACACCGCUCACUGGAGUCCCACAAAGGUGACUUCAAACUGGCAAACCAAAAAUCCAGUCUGGAGAAAAUGAAACGCUAUGCAUCUAGUCCCACCUCCUCCUCCUCCAAUGCUGCCCAGCAAAGCUCACUGAGGGCCACACUAGGUGACAGUGUCAGCAGAGUGCAGCAGCCAGCGAAGUUAAAUUGCGGCUCAGAAGGAGGAACUCAAGUGCAGGAGAGACCCUCAAAGCACAGCAGUGGGCACUGUGUCCAGAACUUCCCACCAUCUCUUGCUUCAAAGCCCAGUCUGGUUCAGCAGAAACCAACGGCUUAUGUAAGGCCAAUGGACGGUCAAGACCAGGCCCCUGAUGAGUCUCCAAAGCUGAAGUUAUUGACAGAGACGACCAAGUUGUACAGGGGAGUGCCUUCUAACAAACCUGAUUCGGCCAGGACCAAGUCAAAGAUAACGAAGUUCAACAUUCCUAAGCAAGAAGAGGACAGUGGAACAGGAGAUAACAGCUGCAUUGAAGAAAUAUUGCGGGAGAUGACCCAUUCAUGGCCUCCACCACUGUCGGCUAUUCACACACCAGGGAAGGCAGAGCAAAGCAAGUUUCCCUUUCCAAACAAGGAGUCACAACAGGGAUCUACAGGACACAGCAAUACAAGAAAAAGUGAUGUAGAGCCAAAGAGUCCAGAGAAAGGCGCAACCCAUACAUCAAUGCUAGAAGAUGAUCUCAAGUUAAGCAGCGAUGAAGAGGAGAAUGACCAGCAGGCAGCACAGAGAUCUGCUCUCCGCGUUCUGUCUGACAGCAGCCUGGUGGGGCCGCAGUCCAGCACCCGAGCCCCGGGACUCUCCAGCAAGGGGUCGAGCAGCAGCAGCUCCAGUGAGUCUGAGAGCAGCUCGGAGUCUGACUCAGAGAGCGAGAGCAGCUCCAGCGAGAGUGACGGCAGCAAGCCCUCGCAUUACUCCAGCCCAGAGCCCGAGCCACCCUCAUCUAACAAGUGGCAGCUGGACAAGUGGCUGAAUAAAGUUACCCCACACAAAGCACCCAUCCUGACCCCUCACGACGGUUCGGCCCUAGAAGCCCACCCCUACUACGGCCACGUGAAGGCGGAGCGGCAGGAGGACGAGAAGACCCCGGCCCCGGGCCCAGCUGAGCACCGCGGCGGGGAGAGUCGCACCGCCGCCGCCUCCACCGCCGCCACCGUCGGGGACGGGCCGCGGCCCAGGACCGCCAACAAAGCACCGGGCAGCAAGGGAGGACGCCAGAAGUCACCCCCCGCCGCCGACGGCGGGCCGCCCAGGAGGGCAGCGGGGAAGAAGGCUCCGCGGCGAGCCGAGAGGAGCUCCGCCGGAGACGGCUCCCACUGCCGUGGGGCAGAGGAGCCCGCCGGGAGCCACGGCUUUCUGGAAAGCGCCGGCAGCGAGGCGCCCAGGGCCCGGCCCGGCGCGAGCGUCGGCGGUGCGGGCUGCAGAGCGGGGCAUCGCCGGGAGCCCCGCUCAGCCGCGGCCGGUGAGAAGCGGCGGGCCCGGGGGCCGAGCAAAACGGCGCCCAAAUCCAAGGAGUUCAUAGAGACCGAGUCCUCGUCCUCGUCGUCCUCCUCCGAGUCGGGCUCCGAGUCGGAGCGGGAGGAGCGCCCGCUGCCCAAGGCGCAGGCGGCGGCCGGGGCCGAGCCGCAUGCCAAGGACUCGGGGUCGGGAGCCGCCAGCAAAGCCCACGGCGGCUGCAGUGCCUUUGGCUCCAUUAAUGCCAGGACUAAUAGUGAAAUAGCAAAGGAGCUGGAGGAACAGUUUUACACCCUGGUUCCUUUCGGUAGGAAUGAGCUCCUGUCUCCUCUGAAAGACAGUGAUGAGGUAAAGUCGCUGUGGGUCAACAUUGACUUGGCUCUUUUGUCCAGGAUUCCAGAGCGUUUGCCUGAAGAGCCGCUGGCAAUGAGCGCCGGAACAAACCAGGCGGCCAGCGUCCCGCAGGGUGGUAGUGCUGAGCUCCCUGCAGAGAAGGGCUUACCGAAAUCUAGAAGGAAACGCAAGUGUGAGAAUGAGGAAGAGUACAGAGACAUCAAGAAGACUCAUUUAGAGCGAGAGAGUUCUUCACGAUUAGCUGCCUCUGCCCACAGCAUCACAACAGCAAAUCACUGCAAUGUAAAUGAAAAUAGUUUGGCACUACCAAUAAAUAAAAAUGAGAAAGUGCUUCGGUCACCCGUCUCUCCCCUCUCUGAUGCAUCAAAACACAAAUACUCCAACGAUGAUUUAACUUCCUCCAGCAGACCUAAUGGCAGCAGUCUAUUACCUUCCAUCUCCUCCAGCAAAAAGCAUAAGGGUGAAAUCCAGUCACAGCCACAUCUCGGAGACUUCAAUAAAGCAGUUCACACCAAUUCAGAAAAUGUUCUUCUCUGCAAUAAGCCACAGACCCAAACAGAGCCUUGGUCACCUCUGUCCAGCGCACCCAGGGACUGCAGAAGGACAAAACUUAUCUUUGAUGAUAUGCCACGCAAUGCAGAUUACUUUAUGCAGGAAGCUAAACGGAAGAAACAUAAAGCAGAUGCGAUGGUGGAAAAGUUUGGAAAGGCACUGAAUUAUGCAGAAGCAGCAUUAUCGUUUAUUGAGUGUGGAAAUGCAAUGGAACAAGGCCCAAUGGAAUCUAAAUCCCCCUAUACAAUGUAUUCAGAAACAGUUGAACUCAUCAGGUACGCAGUGAGACUAAAAACCCACUCAGGCCCCAACGCCACGCCAGAAGACAAGCAGUUGGCAGCACUAUGUUACCGCUGCCUGGCCCUUCUGUACUGGAGGAUGUUCCGACUCAAAAGAGACCAUGCUGUCAAGUAUUCUAAAGCGCUUAUUGAGUAUUUCAAGAAUUCAUCAAAAGUUGCCCAGAACCCACCUUCUUGGGGUAACAGUGGAAAGAGCACAGGAACUCCAUCACCCAUGUCCCCUAGUCCUUCUCCAGUCAGUUCUGUUGGAUCCCAGGGGAGCACAGGGCCCCCUUCCUCAUCUCCUAUAAUCAGCAUCCCCCAGCGCAUCCAUCAGAUGGCCGCCAACCACGUCAGCAUCACCAACAGCAUCCUGCACAGCUAUGACUACUGGGAGAUGGCAGACAACCUGGCCAAGGAAAAUAGAGAAUUUUUUAACGACUUGGAUGCAUUGAUGGGACCUAUCACCUUGCACAGCAGUAUGGAGCAUUUAGUUCAGUACACUCAACAAGGACUUCACUGGGUGCGGAAUAGCACUCACUUGUCAUAAUGACUGUGUGCCAUUCACUUGGACUAUAUAACCUUUCAUGGAUAAUUCAGUUAUUCUGGACACUGUGCUACAGAAAUAGACAACCACAGCAUUGAUCCAAACAAAGGUGAAUAUUUCUUCAAUGAUGAGAAGAUGUUUUCUGAGAGUAGAUAUGUAUCUGUGCAUAUGUACAAUAUACAAUGAUUUCUCUUCAGAAUAAAUUGUUCUGUACCACUCUCCAGAAAAUUUUCGUACACUAGAAAUACUAGAAAGAACUGAUGUGAAUGCACAAAACAUACCCUUUUUAUUCACGUGCUGAAAAAUUUAGAAACCAAAAUCUCAUGGGGUGAUUGAACCAAGUGCAAUAAGCACAAAUCCCUAUUCAGGAAAGCUCUCAAUAGACUCUUUCCUUUUAAGCUUGUACUGAAAUCCCAUUUACUUCAGUAGAGCUUAAGCACAUAUACAAGGGUUUUCCUGAACUGAAUGAAUGAGUGCAAGUCUCAGCAACAGAGAACUUACUGCAAGCGUGGACACUUCACAGAAGUUCCAAUAUUUAUGUUCCAUCUCCCUGUAAUUCCCCUGCUGGGGCACACAGAGGAGUUGUGUAGUCUGCAUUAAGAUGGAGAAAGACAGCAUUCCUUCAGUGUGCGAUAAGUUUUGACAGAUUGCUUGCAUUUUUUUAUCUCCUGUCUUUUUAAAUCACUUGACCUCUUGUUCGGCUCCACACCAACAAUACAACCUACAAUAACAAGCAAAAAGCCUGAAAACAGAUAUGCUGAUUGCAUGAACUUUAAAGGAGAUGGUGGGAAACUGCAUUCUGUUACCAACAGUAAACAGAUAAAUGAAAAAAAAAAAAAAUGGCAAACUGCAAUCCACUCACUAAAGUAAAUGAGUUAAUUUCAGCUACAUACAGACAGACAGAUAUCCAUAACAAUUGUUGGCUCUGCAUGAGAAGGCUUCAUCUUAUAGAUUUUGAUUUUCAUAUCUUUUUCACGUAGCAGAAGCUUGCAGCACAUUCUUCUAGGCUGUACAGGAACACUACAUGCAAUUUCCUUUAUCUGGGAAGCAGAGUUUUCUGCUCAUCAGGCUAAGAACUGUUUCCUAUCAUAAUCCUCUCACUCUUCAUGCAUAAUCCUCAACUAGGCUUUAAUGUUUCUUGAUUUGUGGGAUGUUUUCCAUUCCUGUUGACAGGCUGUGUUUUUCGUGCCAGAAGAAUUAAUCCCACAAUGAUUGGAGUUUAAUUUGGGUCAGCUGAGGUCAAGGCCAGUUCAUACCAACUGUGUUUGCCCUCAGCACAUUUGUGUUCAUUUUCAGUGGUUUUGACACAUUUAUUUUUCUUCCUCUGUAUUGGAAAUAUAAUUUUUUGCUUGCUUUGCAGUCAGAUUUGUAGCCCUUACUCAAAUCAGCAGUUCUGGUGACUUCAAUAGACUGUGCUUGUCCAAGUCACUGACUGACCCUUUGAUUGUUGUUUUCUAAUUUAAUUCACAAAUAUUUUAAGGAAAUGUGAGUACAAAAAUCUCUUUCAAUAUAUGAUGCAGUAGAAGUAGCCACUGAUAUUGAGGGUUAAUUGAUUGGUUCUUGCUGCCUUUUUUUUUUCCUCUCUGAUUUUGAAAAGACGCAUUUAAAAAAGAAUAGAUACCAAACAAAGUAGCAUGUUUUCUCAGUAAAACAUCUCUGGAAGCAAAGGCUGUAUUACCCUGUGUUCAAGAGCAGGCUGGACAGCAUGCACAGCUCCAAUAUCGGCAUAUUUUUUUUGAUCUAGGCUGCUUACAAUAGGGCUGGCUAUUGCUCAGACUCAGAACAUCACCCUGUUCUUUGAUGCAACUCAGCAGGGUAACUACGUAAGGACUGCUCAUCUCUAAGCCAUCCCAAGCCAAUCUCAUGUGCCGAUUAGUGCUUGGAUCCUUCCUCCCCAAAAGAACUCCUAAGAUCAGGCUGUGGUAACUCUUAACACGGACUUGAGUAUUACAGUGUGGCUGGCUUUAAGAGUGAACAUGGGCCUGCCUUUAAAUGAUAAAAUGCACAUCUUCCAAGUCCUUCGUCACUCUUAAUUCCAGCUGUCACCCACUUCAGCAGGAACACAAGUUGUUUGGUCCCAAGUAUCACGGAGAACAUGGUUAGUGCCUUUCUGUUUAUUACUUGCCUGAUCUCCAGCGGUGGGCGUCUACCAUGAUGUACCAGACCAGCAGCAGUGGAUUCUGUCAGCUGCUUCAACAUCAUACGAAGGUACUGUGGAAUUUCCAAUUAGGAUUGGAUUCACUAAUUGGAUUUCCAAUUAGUGAAAUUCCAAUUAGAUUUGCUUCUGUUUUCUUUGAUGGUGCCUAUGAUGUUUAUCUUCAGAUAAUUUGGGGGUUUGGGAGCCCUUAUUGCUAUUUAAUGUCGAGAAAUUUUAGAUGUGACAUAAAUUACUUGCCUUAAAUGGAGUUUAGUUUUAUUGCACAUGUGGCAUUUGAGUUUCAAGUAUGGAACUUUGAAGCAUGUUUAUUUUACUAGGGGUAUAUUUCUUAAUCACAAUGAACUCUUUGUAUGGAUGUAAUAUGUCAAGCAACUUCAAAGAAAUGCAAGAAUUAUGCUGUCCUGUUGUAACAUUUCCAAGCACUAAGGAUUUCUUGCAGAUGAUUGUCAUUUCUUGUACAUUGUUCUCAUAUUGAAUUAUUCCAAAAUACCCAUUGCUUCUUUGGAAAAACACACUGGCUUUUAGGUUGUGUGCUGGCAUCAUCUGUGUGGCCUGAUGAGCACACUGAGCCUUAACUUCGGGUGGCAAAAAGGAAUGAAGUAGCAGCCAUUUAAACCAACUGGUCAUAUACAUGGAUUAGAGUUUUUGGUCUUCUUUCUGCUGGGUUUCUCACAGCUGUACAGCUUUUUUGGUGAAGUUAUUGCAAUACUCUUCUGUGCAGACUUUUUGCUGCAUAAUAGUUGCAGCAGUUUAGAUGGCUGGAGCUGAAUGUGACGUGGUGACAACAAAUAUUUCAUUCCAUCUUCUUAGGGCCUGAACUGGAGAGGUGCAUGUGGCCUUUAGGUCUGGUCCAAUUAAGCAUAUGUUCCGUAUUAAGAACCGGAGCAGCUUCAGAUAUUCCACCAUGACUCAAAGGUACUUUGUUCUAGAUGAGACCAGUAGAUACCAUCCUUUGGGGUUCAAUGAAAGAUGCCUACUCGCUUUAGACUGCUGUAAAAGCCCAUUAACAUGCAGCUUUCUUUGCACUAUGGCAGUACGCAGGUUCAUUUGGUGCAAGCAAAACAUCAGCCUGUACGAAUCCAGAAGAAUUAUACAUGGAAGGAGAGGUCUGCUUACAAACAGAGGCUUCUGAAUAAGUAAAGGCUGAUAAAACAAUGGGAAUACAUUCAAAUGAACCAUAUAGUGAAGGUGGAUACAAGAAGCGCAAAGCAGCAUACAGGAUUCUCAAAGACAGCAAGAUAAUACAGACUCUUGACCUUAAUCGUUUAUAGUAUUCCAUAGUGGCAUGAAUGACAGAUAAGAAGGACACGUGCAGAAGUCUGGGUGUGGCUAAAAGCCAAGCACAGCCCUGCCAUCACAUGGCAGGAUUCCCCAGCUCAUUUGCCUCUUUCUUUUAGCCAAAUAUCACAGGGCUCCAAAGGAAGAUGCUUCAGUGAAUGGAAGACCUUAGGUAAAGAAGGUUAAGAAGAUCAAGCCCUAAAUGUAGAUACAAACACAUAUGUAUAUACUGUAAAUCUAAAUAGUAAUUAAAGUCACUCAGCAUGAAGGAUAUUACUAGUGCCUACCAUUGAUCAUCAACUACUCAUCACUGAGCAGCCAUAUCACCUCAGAACUGCAGUAACUUAUCAAAAUAAUUUGUGCAGCUAAUUAAUUUAUAAGCAAUGCACCUUUGGGACUGUGUCAUCGUAUCUCUUUUGUAAUACAAACGUUCAACCAUUUUUCACGGCUACUGAUUCAAAUCUACAUCACUGAAAUGUCAGGAUAUCUUUUUUUUCCCCUAGAUGAGGACAUGCACUUAGACCUGGCUAAUCUGUGCUUAGUUUAUCUACCCAAGAGACUUCAGUAGUCACCAGCCUUAAUGCAUGUACAGUAUAUACUAUUCACUGACUUAGUUGUAGGUUUUAAUCCAAAUGAAAUUGGAAUUUGCAAAAUGACUUGGAUUAAUGGCAUCUGUCUCGGAUACCCUGCAGAUGUGACAUUAAAUGAUUCAUGAUUUUAAGCAGGAAAGGUUGAAUUUUAUGUAAAUUGCAGUGGAUGAAUUCCAGGAAUUUUUAUAAGAUUUUUUCAAAUGAAAGGAUUGUCAAAGCAAUCUGUUGUGGGUUUGUUGUUUUUUGUUUUUUUUUUCCCCCUAACUGUCCUAAAUUUUGUGGAGGGUCAUCAGUUCAUGGUCAAAACUAUAUUAAGAACAUCUCCUUCUGCAAUAUGCUUUGCCUUUACAUAAUCCGCUUAAUGCUUAGUAUGUCAAA